AGAGAGAGAGAGAGAGAGAGGAGGGGGAGGGAGCUGAGAAGGCAGAAGCAACAGCUUGAGAUAUCUGGGGAAACACAGUGGAAAGUCGGAGCCGCAGCCGCUAUUAAAGGGAAGUGGGGCAGACAAGGAAACGUACAAGUAUAGUAACAAAGAUGCCUUAAGGAAGCGAGAGACGAGCGGAGGAAUUUACUUUGGGAAAGAAAAGAUCAGAAUGAGAAGAAAGUGGGAUGAGUCAUUGGAUUAGUUGAAGCAAAAGCAGCGGAUGAGACCCCGGGCCCGUCAGAGAAAGAGAGGGAGAGAGACUGACUGACUGACUGUGUCCAAAACCGGGUGCAGUAGUCAGGGCAGACACAGUUAUACACAGGCACGGUAAAAAAUAAGAGAGGAAGUCGUUGGCAGUGGCAGCAUCUGCAUCUGAAUGAGAGUUUACGAGAUGCGUGUCAGUGGAUAUGCGUGUGCGUGAGGGUGAACUCACGUUAUGAAGACUUUAAUGCUCUGGCUGCUUCCUGCGAUUUUUCUGUGCUCUUUUUUCAGUCUGGCCUUCUGGUUAUUUCUCUCCAACAAUAAUGUAGUCCCUCAUCCUUCAUCUAAGAUUGCCCAAAAAGGCUCAGAUACUUCAAAAUCGUGCAAGGGAUGCAAAGACAGUCUAUUAAUUGCCAAAGCAUUGGAGAACUACUCAACCGAAUGGAAGGCACAGGAGGGAAACAUUAAAAAGUUCAGGUCAACACUAAGCAGCAAGUGUCAUGGUGUGUCUAAGGCUGUGGUCACGCAGAGUAACACACCAGUGGGUUCAAACAUUGUCUAUGAUGGAGAGAGGAGAAAGCCACUGCAGGUGACACCUGCUCUGUUCAACAUCUUUGCUAAGGAGCAGCCGUUUGGAAAUGCCACAUUUCAAUCAUGUGCUGUGGUGGGGAACGGAGGAAUUUUGUCCAAUAGCAGCUGUGGAAAGAAAAUAAAUUCAGCACAAUUCGUCAUCAGAUGUAAUCUUCCACCACUAGGGAACGGAUAUGAGCAAGAUGUGGGCAACAAAACAAACCUGGUCACUGCAAACCCCAGCAUCCUCCAUGAGAAGUACAGCGGCCUGAUGGAUCGACGUCGUCCGUUUGUGGAAAGCCUCCGUCCCUACGGACAAGCCUUACUGCUGCUGCCCGCAUUCUCCUACGGCCACAACACACCCGUAUCCCUGCGUGCCUUUUACACACUAGAGGACUUUGGCAGAAAAGGUCCGCUGCCCAUUUUCCUGAACCCGGACUACAUGAGGAGACUGUCGAAAUUCUGGCGCGAACGAGGGCUCAACUCGGUUCGCCCCAGCACCGGACUCAUCAUGGCUAGCUUAGCGCUAGAGAUGUGCACUAACGUCCAUUUGUACGGCUUCUGGCCUUUCAAUAAACAUCCGCACGACGGUCGUCCGAUCACCAACCAUUAUUACGAUAACCGGGAGAGCAAAAAGAACGUGCAUUCCAUGCCAGCUGAGUUUGAACAUUUAUUAAAACUCCACAAGGAGGGCGUGCUGCAUAUACACCUGGGCGAGUGUCAACCCAACCGAAGGUAAAACAAGAGCCUUGCAAUAAACUUUGCCUUGCCUGAUGUACAUCCGUGUAUGUACAUCCCCACAGAAUACCUCUUCAUCUGAUCAAGAACUACACUACCAUGAAGCUGAAAGAAUUACGGCCUUGCCGAACAUGAAGCAGCUUUGAAUGUGAAUCUGUAUCAUUUGUAUGGCUGACUUAGCAGCUAUGAACAUUCAUUGAUUAAUUUUAGUUUUUUUUUUAAAUAUUUUGCACACUAAAUGAUCGGUUCAAAUGAAUGUGACGAUGUUAGCCUCUGAACUGUGAAGGAAUUUAAUUAGGAAAAUGCCUUAGAGGAGCAUCCUCCCUAAAGACCCUAUGCACUCCUUCACGCGUUUAUGCCUUAGUCAGCUUUUGACAUUGGUGCUCCUACAGCUGUUGCCACUUAUUUAUGUCAAAUGCUGGUUUGUUCUUUUUAAAAAUGAGAAAAAAUCUCAGAUGUGCACUAUUACUUAUAAUAGCAUGAGCACUGAAUUCAAACUCCGACAUACACUCGCAAACUUCCCUAAGCACUUUUUUGAAGUGCCUUUAUGAAGUCUAUUUAUAGGUAUGCUUCAGGCAGAUCCAUAGACCACAAUGCAACCCCAUUGCACUGUGCAUGUACUUUCUAUACUGUAAUUUACAAUGUUUUUGGGAUCUGAUCACACCUUAUUUUUCUUGCUUCUCGAUUUUGAGAUGAGUUGCAAGCACUCGGCUAAGAUCAAUGCUGAAAGUAGUUGUGCAACAUAAGCAAUGACGUACAUUCGAGUGAAUGAGGGGAAGAGCAUAAAGGGAAGUGGACUUGACCCCAGCCAUGAACUCUGAUAUUAGCUAAGGCUAUGUCCACAUUAGUCUGGAUACAUUUUAAAAUCUAUCUUUUUUACAUUUACACUCUGGAUAUUUGUCUAGCAAAAAUUAAGCUUUUAAAAAAUCCAUUCAACUUAACCAUUCAAUUUAGCAACCCCAAGUUUGACCUCGACCUUAAAUGCGUAAAAAUCACCUGACAGAAUUUAAACCAGCACAUGGUUUUUAAAUCCUGUUACUGCACAUGUGAUGAAAGCUUAAGCAUUUACAGAUGUGCAGUGUGGACGUUACUGAGCAGGUUUUGAAAAGCAUGUGUGGAGGUGUUUUGAAACAAAAACACUUUUCAUAUGUAUCUGGAUUAAUGUGGACAUGUGGGCUUAUAAGAUAUAUUGAGAAUAUCUGGAUGUUUGAAAACAUGAAGCAAGAAGAAAUAGGUAUGACUUAAAAAUAGAGGAGUAUUAAGGAUUCUUCACAGCGAUGGCAUUGAAGAAAUAGUUUUGGUUUCCCAAAGAACCUUUGUCAAAGGUUCCUGUAAGAACUUUCUAACCUUUUUAUAGUCUUUAAAACCUUUACCAUUACAAAAAACCUUUUGUGCAACAUAAGCUUUAAGGUUAUUUAUGGUACCAUAGUGAACCUUUAGGUACUUUUUUCUUUAGGACUGUAGUGGCAAAACCAAAUGUGCCAAUUUGAAUGCCCAGUCUGAGCAUGGAAAUUUACUGUGUUUGAAUGAUUAAUAAUUAAAAAAAAUUCAAAUAAA